AUGUCUCUACACUUUAGCUCCUGCAACGACAGCACAGUAGAUGACUCCAGCCAGAGAAUGCUGAUUCUAAGUGAGGGAAAAGAUCUUGCAAGCGAGAGUAUAACAGAACCCACACAGUCAGUGUACGAAAACAGCAAUAAGUCUGUCUUAGGUGCCCCAACAAGGCCGCCGUUCAAACUAGGUUCGGGUUACGGCACUGCAAAAGCAAAAGCCGCCAAGAGUCCUUUUACAGCACACACAGUACCUGUGGAAGAAAUCACCAUACCCAACGAUGGCAACCUCUCUUUGUUCACAAGCGUUCAGCUGGCUAACUUUCUCAAGUGCCUCAAAAUCGACGAGAGAAUCAUCUCCCAUUUGUACAGAAAGUCGGUCGACGGCAAACGUUUCGGCAAAAUGACCGAUUCAGAGCUGGAGACUCUAGGUAUGAACAACCCCGUAGUCGUAUUCUUCAGAAGCAAGAGCAGUGGCAAAAGUAAAAAGAAAGGGCCGUUCAUGUUGUAG